CUAAAAUUACUAAUUUUUUGUUAUUUUGAAAAUAUGUAUGUAAUUGCGGCAAAGGAACAGAUAAAACUUAAGAAUGUGAAGUGGGCUAAUGGGAGUAGGGAUUCUUUGAAACUCCUUUGCUUCUCCAUAAAUUUUGUUAUGGAUCCACAACCUUCCAUUGUCGUCUAAUCUUCUGGUAAUUUCUCUUAAUUCUGCUUCCGCCAAUACGUGUGCCCGUAACUUUUCCAUCAUUCCUUUUGCUUUAUUUAGCAUUGCUUAACUGAUUUUGAGUGUGUAUGUAGCAAGUAUUUCCUAUUCCGGGGGUUCAUUUUUCAUGUGACGAAAUCGGGCCAGAAACUAGUAAGCUCAUGGAUUUUCUUCGAAAAAAUGCUAAAAAUAUGAUACCCUCUUACGUACUUUGUGAUUAAUACUUUCCUGUAUGUUAAAAAGAUUAAAAUGUGAUGCAAGGAGAUGAGUUUGAGAUAUCUUGCUGCCGCUUUAUUUGAGUAUAAUUGGUCGAAUUCCGGCUGGGAGAAAUCCUAUAUGGUGCUUGUGGAGUUGGAAGGAGUUUGAAGUUGAGAGCAAGUGUUCUUGCUGAGUUAUGGGGAAGGAUACAAGGCACAUGUAGCUCAGAAUACUCGUCCCUUUUGGGUUAUUGUUUCCCUUUUUCAUACUGAUGUCCAUUUAAUUUGUUUAAACAUCUGGUAUACAUUAUUCCGAUUUCUGGAAGGUUUUUCUGGUUGUAAACUACCCAAGUCCAGCAGUUUCUCCAACAAGAUUCUGACUAGUGACCUUGAUCUCACUGUUCUUAUAUUGACAAAACUCAUAAUCUUCAUUUCAGGGAAGCUCUCCUAUAGGUGGAAAGUGGUUGCAUCUUAUUCUAGCUCAGCUUUCACUUCUAAUGCAUCACAGUAUGAAAGCUACAAAGGAAGAGUCUCUUCCCAGCUCUGUGAAAAAGCCUGAAAACCAUAGAAGCCAUCAUAGUAAGGAUGUUAUUCCAGGGAGUGAACUUUGGACAGAUGGGCUCAUUUGUGCUUUUGAAUUUGUCCGGACACUACCAAAACCCAGUCGACCAAAAUCUUAUUCGAAACUUCCAUCAGUACCUCAAGUAGAAGUUGAUAAUGUUAAGAAACAAAUGCAUGCUCAAGGAGGGGCUGAGCUUUCUGCUCAAAGAAGCACUCAAGGAGCGCCCGAGCAUUUCGCUCAAGGAAGAGGGAUGAAAAAUUCUGUCGAGUUGGGAGCUCCUGUUGAGAUUGGAACACAUGGCCAUGGUGUUUCGGUUGAUAAAGUAGAUAGACACCACCAUCAUCCAGAAAGUGAUCAUUUCAUGGAAAGGACUGAAGGGAGUCAUUGGAUUCCAAUUGGAUGGGCUAGAAUAUCCGAACUAGUUCAAUCUAUUCAAGUAGAUACCCAAUGGUCUAUGCAGCCAACUGAUUUGAUGGAUGAUGAAGAUGAUAUCACAGUUGCUGAUCUAGCUGCUCCUUAUUGGGAGCGUCAGGCUGGGCCCACGUGGUGGUGUCAUGUUUCUGCAGGACAUCCAUAUGUUGAAGCCUGGCUUAACAGCGCCCAGUGGCUGCAUCCUGCAAUUUCUGUUGCUCUGAGAGAUGAAAGUCGAUUAAUAAGUGAACGGAUGAAACACCUCCUGUAUGAGGUUCCAGUUAGGGUGGCUGGGGGCCUGCUGUUUGAGCUGCUAGGACAAUCUGCAGGAGAUCCCUAUGUUGAUGAAGAUGAUAUUCCGGUUGUCCUUCGUUCUUGGCAAUCACAGAACUUCCUGAUUACUGCUCUUCAUGUAAAAGGGUCUGCAUCAAGAAUUAAUGUCCUGGGCAUUACGGAAGUCCUGGAACUACUACUUGCUGGCGGUUACUGUACACCAACAACAGCCCAUGGGGUCAUAGCACAUUUAGCUACCCGGCUUGCUCGAUGGGAUGACAGAUUGUUCAGGAAAAACAUAUUUGGAGUGGCAGAUGAACUUGAACUGAAAUUUAUGAACAGGAGGAACCAUGAGGAUCUGAAUCUUUUUGGUAUAAUUUUGAACCAAGAAAUCAGAAGGUUAUCAAUGCAGGUUAUCAGGGUGAAAUGGUCACUUCAUGCUAGAGAGGAGAUUGUGUUUGAGCUUCUCCAGCAUUUGAAAGGCAUAUCAACUAAAAGAUUGCUAGAAGGAGUACGCAAUAGUACUCGUGAGAUGAUAGAGGAGCAAGAAGCAGUUCGAGGCCGCUUGUUUACCAUCCAAGAUGUCAUGCAGAGUACCAUACGUGCAUGGUUGCAGGAUAGAAGCCUUAGAGUAACCCAUAAUCUGACUGUUUGUGGUGGAGGCGGCCUGGUACUUACUAUCAUAACCGGGUUAUUUGGUAUCAAUGUGGACGGAAUUCCAGGAGCCACUAACACGCCGUACGCUUUUGGACUAUUUUCUGGCCUGCUUGUGGUCUUAGGUAUUCUGCUAAUAGCAAUUGGAUUUCUCUAUUUUGGAUUAAAGAAUCCAGUUCCCGAGGAACAAGUCGAGGUUAGGAAACUGGAAUUGCAAGAGUUUGUCAAGAUGUUCCAGCAUGAAGCUGAGACUCACGCGCAGGUUCGCAAACCUUUAUCUCGGAAUAAUCUACCGCCAACUGCGGCUGACAAGUUUGUUCAGGAAGCAGAUUAUGUUCUAAUCGAUUAAGAUAUGCUGGUUGCCGCUAAUUCUAGUCUUGAUCUGAGCAGAUCCUUUAGUCUCUGUAAAUUCUGUUACUUUCAAUUAUAACGAAAGUCCCAAAAAAAAAAUAAAAAAAAUAAAGUGACAGAAACAAGUUUUAGUUUUUCAGUUCACGUUCUUGCAGCAGUAACCUACCUUGUACAAAAUACUUUUGCAGAAGGCUAUCACUGGCCCAACUCUUGGGGCUACUCGAAACUGUUAGUUCCUCCCCCAUGUGUAAAUCCUUGGCUUGCUCACCAUAUAAUUGGGGUCUCCCCCGCUAUGUAAUAUCAUAAGUGCCCAGGCAUUACACCUCCUUCUUUGUACCAACAC